GUAGAGACGGGCGACGACGAGUUGACUAAACAUGGCGCCCUUGCUGGAUCACAAAAUUGUCGAUGCUAUGUUAUCUUCUUUACCUUUGCGAUCAAAAUCGAAUCUUCUAACAUGUUCACUAAUUUUGGUGAUUUACCUGACGUCGCAGCCAGCUUUGGCCAAACCGAGCAGCCUCAAAGAGAUCACUGACGGAAACUGGGAAGACAUCUUGGCAGGGGAAUGGAUGAUUGAGUUGUAAGUACAGCUAGCAAGCAUGCCAAGCUAACUGCUUAGCUAAGUUAGCUAGCCAUACAGCUACGUUGUUUUGCAAUAGUCCGUUUUUUGUAGUCUUGAAUCGGCACGUGUUGAUUUCCAGACCACACCUAAUCAGCUACUUCUGAUCUUAACAAGCUAGCGUAGAUAGCUAGUUACAUUGUUGCAUAGGCUUGCAGCUAGGAAUCUAAAUGAAAUGCUUUCAAGUACACACGAUAAUCAGGUCCAAUGAGGUGGAAGGCUAGCGUUUGGCUGCUGGAUACUGAGUAUUGUUGUUAGGUAUCUACAUAGAAUUAGCAGUGUUUCCACUAGGAUUUUCUUUCAGCAGAGGUGCAACGUUAGUGAGUGAAGGGGGGGGGGGGGGGCGUGGCCAACAGCACCACCUCAAACAUAACAAUUUAGAGGCCCUCUUGGCCACAGAGAAUUGCUGUUUUAAAGCUAACUUCCUGCAAUUCUACACAUUUUGUCAUGGGGCAGAGAGAAAAUGUGCAGUUUUAAAGCCAAUUUCCUGCAAAUUUACACAUUUUGCCAUGGCUUAUGCGGUGUUCUUAUGCUAUCUGAGUGACUCAAACAUUAUAACAAAAUGUAUGGGGGCCCCAUGCCAUGACAUUUUUGGAGCAGGGGGGGGGGGGGCGUGGCCAACAGCACCACCUCAAACAUAACAAUUUAGAGGCCCUCUUGGCCACAGAGAAAAUUGCUGUUUUAAAGCUAACUUCCUGCAAUUCUACACAUUUUGUCAUGGGGCAGAGAGAAAAUGUGCAGUUUUUAAAGCCAAUUUCCUGCAAUUUUACACAUUUUGCCAUGGCUUAUGCGGUGUUCUUAUGCUAUCUGAGUGACUCAAACAUUAUAACAAAAUGUAUGGGGGCCCCAUGCCAUGACAUUUUUGGAGGGGGGGGGGGGGGGGGGGGCGUGGCCAACAGCACCACCUCAAACAUAACAAUUUAGAGGCCCUCUUGGCCACAGAGAAAAUUGCUGUUUUAAAGCUAAUUUCCUGCAAUUCUACACAUUUUGUCAUGGGGCAGAGAGAAAAUGUGCAGUUUUAAAGCCAAUUUCCUGCAAAUUUACACAUUUUGCCAUGGCUUAUGCGGUGUUCUUAUGCUAUCUGAGUGACUCAAACAUUAUAACAAAAUGUAUGGGGGCCCCAUGCCAUGACAUUUUUGGAAAUCCCGACAGAGAUUAUUGCGGCACGGUCAGCAUUUUUGAUGGAGACCACACAUAUACUAGUCUCCUGAGUGGCGCAGUGGUCUAAGGCACUGCAUCGCAGUGCUAACUGUGCCACUAGAGAUCCUGGUUUGAAUCCAGGCUCUGUCGCAGCCGGCCGCGACCGGGAGACUCAUGGGCGGCGCACAAUUGGCCCAGCGUCGUCCAGGGUAGGGGAGGGAAUGGCCGGCAGGGAUGUAGUUCGAUUCCCACGGGGGGCCAGUAUAAAAAAAAAGAAAUAUGUAUUCACUAACUGUAAGUCGCUCUGGAUAAGAGCGUCUGCUAAAUGACUAAAAUGUAAUACUAGGUGCACUUGAUCUUGCACACCCAACGAGGAGAGGUAGGCUACUUUAACUUGAAGCAGCGAAUUCUGAGAGUGUGUGAAUAAUGCAACAAAGAUGUGCUUUUAUUACAAUAGGUAGGCUGACGAGUAGAAAGCAGAAAGACUAAUGUUUCCAAAUAAUCUGCGGGACAACAAAAAUAUGUUAAUUCCCAAAGUUGUCUGUCUUGACCGCCCGCUCCUAACCGCAGCAUGAAACAUGCAGACCGCGCCGCAAUGAUCUGUCGGGAUCCGCAGGUCACAGCCCUCUACUUUAUGGUGUAGUUAAGAUCUUAAAGGGGCAAUCUGCGAUGGGUACAUACAUUUUUUUUUACUUUUAAUGAUAGCUAUAUAGCCAUUGAUUCUUGAAGAAUAUAACUUAUGAGUUUAGUUCAACAGUCUAACCCCAUUAGAACCCAAAAUAUAAGCUUGUUUUACUCCAUUGUUUGUAAACAAUACAAUUGUAAACAAACACUGUAUAGCUUGCUGUUUAGCGCUUCUGUUUACCCAAAAAGGUGGCGGGGUCUCCACUUUGUUGUUAUUUGAACUGCAGAUUGCCCCUUUAACUAGAAAGGUUAUGUAUAGCUCUUGAAAAGCCUUCUCAGUUUGGUUUUCAGCAGUUAGCUUCUCCCACGGUUGGCUGCGUGUGAUCUACAAUUCCGACACUGUGUUUUAACGUUUAUAAACAUCAAUAAUCAUCGAUUGCAAAACUUUUUUUAAACAUAUGCUAUUAUGCCCUUUAUCUUUCAUAUCAGCGACAAAUAAUCUUUCAAAUUAAAAAGUUACUUACUGUAGCAGUUUUGCACAGAUCCAUACGCUGUGUGUGCCUCCAGUUGAUGAACUACACUUCCUCACCAGUUACUUACACCCAGGUGUUUGGAGCACGCUAGAUAGCUAAUUAGCACAGGUGGCUGCCUCUGUCUUCCGUAAACAAGCACUGUAACAUGGAGAUAUGGCUGUGUGGGAACACUAACCCUAUAAAGGUGUAUAUGAAGAAAUUAGAUUGUUUUUUUUAUUAUUAUAUCUCGCUAAUAUGAAAGAUACGUUUCAUAUGUUUCCAAAACCGUACCGCAAGCGAUGCAUUUUAACGUUCAGAACGAGCGUUGAGGCUCUUAACAACCUCCCGAGUGGCGCAGUGGUCUAAGGCGCCGCAUCGCAGCGCUAACUGUGCCACUAGAGAUCCUGGUUCGAAUCCAGGCUCUGUCGCAGCCGGCCGCGACCGGGAGACCCAUGGGGCGGCGCACAAUUGGCCCAGCGUCAUCCAGGGUAGGGGAGGGAAUGGCCGGCAGGGGAUGUAGCUCAGUUGAUAGAGCAUGGCGUUUGCAACGCCAGGGUUGUGGGUUCGAUUCCCACGGGGGGCCAGUAUAAAAAUAAAAUAAAAAAUAAUAAUAAUAAUAUGUAUUCACUAACUGUAAGUCGCUCUGGAUAAGAGCGUCUGCUAAAUGACUAAAAUGUAAAUGUUAACAAAACUCCCCCUGCCAGAAGAUACUAUCGUCCAUAGGCGCUAAAGGUGGUUAGCGUCAAUGAAUGGGGUAGGUUAUGUGUUGACCUAGCUAAGGUAUACUUCAGUGUCCAUAUGAAGAACUCAGAUUGUAAAACUUUUUCUUUUUUUAGUCAUAGGUAUGGAUAAUGUUGACCAUUCAUAACAUGUUGACAACAGCUGCCAUUGAAUCUUGUGUAGUUGUCAGUUUAUUUUGUUUGAAAACUGUCUAGCUAAUGUUAUUUUCAUGCCAAUGUUUGGCCUCAACUCACUCUUCCCCGGCAGCUUUGCCCCGUGGUGUCCGGCGUGCCAGCAGCUCCAGCCCGUGUGGAAUGAUUUCGCCGAUUGGGGGGAGGACAUGGGGGUCAACAUAGCGAAAGUGGAUGUUACUGAACAGCCUGGUAUGUAUACUCUCCUUCCCUGGCUGCCUGACUGACUGCCUGCCUGACCGUGUGCUUGUCAAUUACUUCCCUUCUCACGUUUCACAGAGCUCCGGGAUGAAGUUUCCCCUAGGUACAGAUCUAGAAUCAGCUUCCCAUCCCCCAAUCCUAACCUUAACUAUUAGUAGGGAAAAUGCAAAACUGACCCAAUAUCACUGUCUAUGGGCAACUGCACCCUAAUCCUUUCAGAGAAAGGAUUACACCCACUAUGUUUUGUAGUGUAGACAAUGCAUGUCAUUUGAUCUAGCUAUGGUCCAUUAUUACCAUUGGUAGGACUUGUUACAAUUGGUAGAACUUGUUAGGCCUAGUAUCUCAGGUUUUUGUAGACCUGUAAUAUUAGUCAAGAACAAGAUGAUGUUGGUCAUUCAGAGAUAUUAAGUACAUUUACAUUUUGGUCAUUUAGCAGACGCUCUUAUCCAGAGCGACUUACAGGAGCAAUUAGGGUUAAGUGCCUUGCUCAAGGGCACAUCGACAGAUUUUUCACAUAGUCGGCUCGGGGAUUAGAACCAGCGACCUUUCGGUUACUGGCACUACGCUCUUAACCACUAAGCUACCUGCCGCCCCAGUCAUAUUCACUAACAUUCUGCUCUCUCCUUCCCGCACCUUAGGUUUGAGUGGACGAUUCAUUAUAACAUCACUUCCGACCAUCUACCAGUAAGUUCUCUCUCUGUAACUUCAAGUUACUGUAUGUCUCUCAUCCUGUUCUUCUCACAGAUGCACGCCUACAAACCUCAACCAAUCUAUGUAGACUACACUCACACAGUCUCAUCAGUAAUUGUGAUCAUCUAACCUACACAUUUCAGUUUAUAACCCUCACUGGAAUGUGAGAUGCUGUUAGAUAGCUUCAGACUUUGUCUGGAAGAGGAAAUGUUAGUGUUUCUUUCUCACAUCUCUUUUUUGCUAAUGUAGUGAUCCUACGCCCAGUUUAGACUAAAAAAGUAAAUGUCUGUCAAUGGUAGAAGAACUGUAAUUAUAUAACCCUAUAUACAGUUGAAGUCGGAAGUUUACAUACACCUUAGCCAAAUACAUUUAAACUCAGUUUUUCACAAUUCCUGACAUUUAAUCCUAGUAAAAAUUCCCUGUCUUAGGUCAGUUAGGAUGACCACUUUAUUUUAAGAAUGUGAAAUGUCAGAAUAAUAGUAGAGAAUGAUUUACACUGCUCAAAAAAAUAAAGGGAACACUUAAACAACACAAUGUAACUCCAAGUCAAUCACACUUCUGUGAAAUCAAACUGUCCACUUAGGAAGCAACACUGAUUGACAAUACAUUUCACAUGCUGUUGUGCAAAUGGAAUAGACAACAGGUGGAAAUUAUAGGCAAUUAGCAAGACACCCCCAAUAAAGGACUGGUUUAGCAGGUGGUGCCCACAGACCACUUCUCAGUUCCAAUGCUUCCUGGCUGAUGUUUUGGUCACUUUUGAAUGCUGCCGGUGCUUUCACUCUAGUGGUAGCAUGAGACGGCGUCUACAACCCACACAAGUGGCUCAGGUAGUGCAGCUCAUCCAGGAUGGCACAUCAAUGCGAGCUGUGGCAAGAAGGUUUGCUGUGUCUGUCAGCGUAGUGUCCAGAGCAUGGAGGCGCUACCAGGAGACAGGCCAGUACAUCAGGAGACGUGGAGGAGGCCGUAGGAGGGCAACAACCCAGCAGCAGGACUGCUACCUCCGCCUUUGUGCAAGGAGGAGCAGGAGGAGCACUGCCAGAGCCCUGCAAAAUGACCUCCAGCAGGCCACAAAUGUGCAUGUGUCUGCUCAAACGGUCAGAAACAGACUCCAUGAGGGUGGUAUGAGGGCCCGAGGUCCACAGGUGGGGGUUGUGCUUACAGCCCAACACCGUGCAGGACGUUUGGCAUUUGCCAGAGAACACCAAGAUUGGCAAAUUCGCCACUGCGCCCUGUGCUCUUCACAGAUGAAAGCAGGUUCACACUGAGCACGUGACAGAUGUGACAGUCUGGAGACGCCGUGGAGAACGUUCUGCUGCCUGCAACAUCCUCCAGCAUGACCGGUUUCGCGGUGGGUCAGUCAUGGUGUGGGGUGGCAUUUCUUUGGGGGGCUGCACAGCCCUCCAUGUGCUCGCCAGAGGUAGCCUGACUGCCAUUAGGUACCGAGAUGAGAUCCUCAGACCCCUUGUGAGACCAUAUGCUGGUGCGGUUGGCCCUGGGUUCCUCCUAAUGCAAGACAAUGCUAGACCUCAUCUGGCUGGAGUGUCAGCAGUUCCUGCAAGAGGAAGGCAUUGAUGCUAUGGACUGGCCCGCCCGUUCACCAGACCUGAAUCCAAUUGAGCACAUCUGGAACAUCAUGUCUCGCUCCAUCCACCAACGCCACGUUGCACCACAGACUGUCCAGGAGUUGGCGGAUGCUUUAGUCCAGGUCUGGGAGGAGAUCCCUCAGGAGACCAUCCGCCACCUCAUCAGGAGCAUGCCCAGGCGUUGUAGGGAGGUCAUACAGGCACGUGGAGGCCACACACACUACUGAGCCUCAUUUUGACUUGUUUUAAGGACAUUACAUCAAAGUUGGAUCAGCCUGUAGUGUGGUUUUCCACUUUUCAAUUUUGAGGGUGACUCCAAAUCCAGACCUCCAUGGGUUGAUACAUUUGAUUUCCAUUGAUAAUUUUUGUGUGAAUUUGUUGUCAGCACAUUCAACUAUGUAAAGAAAAAAGUAUUUAAUAAGAGUAUUUAAUUCAUUCAGAUCUAGGAUGUGUUAUUUUAGUGUUCCCUUUAUUUUUUUGAGCAGUGUAUUUCAGCUUUUAUUUCUUUCAUCACAUUCCCAGUGGGUCAGAAGUUUACAUACACUCAAUUAGUAUUUGGUAGCAUUGCCUUUAAAUUGUUUAACUUGGGUCAAACGUUUUGGGUAGCCUUCCACAAGCUUCCCACAAUAAGUUGGGUGAAUUUUGGCCCAUUCCUCCUGACAGAGAUGGUGUAACUGAGUCAGGUUUGGAGGCCUCCUUGCUCGCACACGCCUUUUCUGUUCUGCCCACAUAUUUUCUAUAGGAUUGAGGUCAGGGCUUUGUGAUGGCCACUCCAAUACCUUGACUUUGUUGUCCUUAAGCCAUUUUGCCACAACUUUGGAAGUAUGCUUGGGGUCAUUGUCCAUUUGGAAGACCCAUUUGCAACCAAGCUUUAACUUCCUGACUGAUGUCUUGUGAUGUUGCUUCAAUAUAUCCACAUAAUUUUCCUUCCUCAUGAUGCCAUCUAUUUUAUGAAGUGCACCAGUCCCUCCUGCAGCAAAGCACAUCCACAGCAUGAUGCUGCCACCCCCGUGCUUCACGGUUGGGAUGGUGUUCUUCGGCUUGCAAGCAGCCUCCUUUUUCCUCCAAACAUAACGAUGGUCAUUAUGGCCAAACAGUUCUGUUUUUGUUUCAUCAGACCAGAGGACAUUUCUCCAAAAAGUAUGAUCUUUGUCCCCAUGUGCAGUUGCAAACCGUAGUCUGGCUUUUUUAUGGCGGUUUUGGAGCAGUGGCUUCUUCCUUGCUGUCGAUAUAGGACUCGUUUUACUGUGGAUAUAGAUACUUUUGUACCUGUUUCCUCCAGCAUCUUCACAAGGUCCUUUGCUGUUGUUCUGGGAUUGAUUUGCACUUUUCGCACCAAAGUACGUUAAUCUCUAGGAGACAGAACGCGUCUCCUUCCUGAGCGGUAUGACGGCUGCGUGGUCCCAUGGUGUUUAUACUUGCGUACUAUUGUUUGUAUAGAUGAACGUGGUACCUUCAGGCGUUUGGAAAUUGCUCCCAAGGAUGAACCAGACUUGUGGAGGUCUACAAUGUAUUUUUCUGAGGUCUUGGCUGAUUUUCUUUUGAUUUUUCCCAUGAUGUCAAGCAAAGAGGCAGUUUGAAGGUAGGCCUUGAAAUACAUCCACAGGUACACCUCCAAUUGACUCAAAUAAUGUCAAUUAGCCUAUCAGAAACUUAUAAAGCCAUGACAUCAUUUCCUGGAAUUUUCCAAGCUGUUUAAAGGCACAGUCAACUUAGUGUAUGUAAACUUCUGACCCACUGGAAUUGUGAUACAGUGAAUUAUAAGUGAAAUAAUCUGUCUGUAAACAAUUGUUUGAAAAAUUACUUGUGUCAUGCACAAAGUAGAUGUCCUAACCAACUUGCCAACUAAAACUAUAGUUUGUUUACAAGAAAUGUGUGGAGUGGUUGAAAAACGAGUUUUAAUGACUCCAACCUAAAUGUAUGUAAACUUCCGACUUCAACUGUAACUUAGUGGCACAUUAGGCAAAUAAACUGUUUCUGUCCUUAUUGUGGUUAAUGCCACAAUAUUGGCUUGUUAACCUGUCUUCAAUUGUGUGCUAGAUCUCUAUGAUCACACUGUGUGUGUGUGUGUGUGUGUGUGUGUGUGUGUGUGUGUGUGUGUGUGUGUGAAUCAGCUGUAAGGAUGGUGUGUUUAGGAGGUACCAGGGGGCUCGCACCAAAGAUGACUUCCUAAGCUUUAUUGAUGAGAAGAAGUGGCAGGGCAUUGAACCGGUGUCUUCCUGGUUCGGACCAUCUUCCUUCAUGUGAGUGGAUUGAUUGAUUGUCAGUCUCCUUUCCUAACUGGGUUGUUCUGUGUGAAACUUAAACAAAAUCCUUUUUGGAUCUUUCUGACAUUUUAUGAAAAGGUCAUUUAGAGUUAGGGAUGGGCAUGAGUACUCGAACUGACGUCAACUCGAUCUUUAACCAGAGAUCAAUUUUUUUUCAAAUACUAUAAAACUAUUUGGUUAAAAUUGUCUCGAAGACGACGUUCAUUUGCUUAGACUCUAUUGUUCCAUUUGUACAUAUGCAUUUGCGGAAAAAAGAGAGAGAAAAAAAAACAAGCCAAGCAUCACACAGUUCUGUUCCCUAAAUUCCCUUUCCCUCCAUGUCUCACACACUCCCUCUACUUCUCGCGCCUACAGAAAUAAAUGCCUAUUAAAAAAACAAUCUAACUGAUGAGAUACACAAGCUACAUUCCUUUUCCAAAUAAUGACAGUUUUAUCACAAAUUCUAAAUGUACUGGUUGACUGAAGUAGGGUGUAUGUGUUCCAACAGUUUUGGAAAAAUUGCGUCAUUUUCCGCUUAGGCUACUUUGCGCUUGUCACUAGUUACCACAGCCACAAAGUCAAAAUGGUCUAUAUUGUUUAAAAUCAUGAAAUAUUUGUUUAGCUUUUUGGUCUUAAUUUAAGGUUAGUCAUAAGGUUAACGGUGUGGUUAAGGUUAGGUUUAAAAUCAGAUUUUAAGAAGCAAAAUUGUAGAAAAAGGCAGGGUUUAUGACUUUGUGGUUGUGAUAACUAACUUUAGAGACGACCCUACUUUGCGAACUGCUAGUGGCAUUUAGAAUUGGUUAGCCUAGGCUAUUACCCCCCCCCCCCCCCCCCCCCCCCCCCCCUAAACAUAGACAGGUUCCACACUGGUAAUAUGCAAAAACAGUAGUUUGAUAAAGACAGUGCGUAUUUUCAUCAGAAUCUUUAAGACGAGGCCUACUCACCAAACAGAUGUCCUGGACAUAAUUCAUCCCCAUGCAGUGUUCAAUGUAGAAUUGUUAAUCCAUUUAGAAAAUUCCAAGGAACAGGCAUAAUAAACUCAAUCGAACAUCUGUAUAUCGAAAAGAAGAUCGAUUUUGGUUUGUAAAUCUGGAAAAUGUUUCUUUCAACAACUGAUCACUCUUCGCACUAUUCUGUUCUAUUUUAUUAUGUUAUUGUGUCAUGUUUUUUACUAUAAAAUAGUUGUCUUGACUGUGAUACAGUGGGGGGAAAAAGUAUUUAGUCAGCCACCAAUUGUGCAAGUUCUCCCACUUAAAAAGAUGAGAGGCCUGUAAUUUUCAUCAUAGGUACACGUCAACUAUGACAGACAAAUUGAGAUUUUUUUUCUUCAGAAAAUCACAUUGUAGGAUUUUUAAUGAAUUUAUUUGCAAAUUAUGGUGGAAAAUAAGUAUUUGGUCACCUACAAACAAGCAAGAUUUCUGGCUCACAGACCUGUAACUUCUUCUUUAAGAGGCUCCUCUGUCCUCCACUCGUUUCCUGUAUUAAUGGCACCUGUUUGAACUUGUUAUCAGUAUAAAAGACACCUGUCCACAACCUCAAACAGUAACACUCCAAACUCCGCUAUGGCCAAGACCAAAGAGCUGUCAAAGGACACCAGAAACAAAAUGGUAGACCUGCACCAGGCUGGGAAGACUGAAUCUGCAAUAGGUAAGCAGCUUGGUUUGAAGAAAUCAACUGUGGGAGCAAUUAUUAGGAAAUGGAAGACAUACAAGACCACUGAUAAUCUCCCUCGAUCUGGGGCUCCACGCAAGAUCUCACCCCGUGGGGUCAAAAUGAUCACAAGAACGGUGAGCAAAAAUCCCAGAACCACACGGGGGGACCUAGUGAAUGACCUGCAGAGAGCUGGGACCAAAGUAACAAAGCCUACCAUCAGUAACACACUACGCCGCCAGGGACUCAAAUCCUGCAGUGCAAGACGUGUCCCCCUGCUUAAGCCAGUACAUGUCCAGGCCCGUCUGAAGUUUGCUAGAGUGCAUUUGGAUGAUCCAGAAGAGGAUUGGGAGAAUGUCAUAUGGUCAGAUGAAACCAAAAUAGAACUUUUUGGUAAAAAAAAAAAAAAGUUGUGUUUGGAGGACAAAGAAUGCUGAGUUGCAUCCAAAGAACACCAUACCUACUGUGAAGCAUGGGGGUGGGUGUUUUUCUGCAAAGGGACCAGGACGACUGAUCCGUGUAAAGGAAAGAAUGAAUGGGGCCAUGUAUCGUGAGAUUUUGAGUGAAAACCUCCCAUCAGCAAGGGCAUUGAAGAUGAAACGUGGCUGGGUCUUUCAGCAUGACAAUGAUCCCAAACACACCGCCCGGGCAACGAAGGAGUGGCUUCGUAAGAAGCAUUUCAAGGUCCUGGAGUGGCCUAGCCAGUCUCCAGAUCUCAACCCCAUAGAAAAUCUUUGGAGGGAGUUGAAAGUCCGUGUUGCCCCCAGCCCUAAAACAUCACUGCUCUAGAGGAGAUCUGCAUCGAGGAAUGGGCCAAAAUACCAGCAACAGUGUGUGAAAACCUUGUGAAGACUUACAGAAAACGUUUGACCUGUGUCAUUGCCAACAAAGGGUAUAUAACAAAGUAUUGAGAAACUUUUGUUAUUGACCAAAUACUUGUUUUCCACCAUAAUUUGCAAAUAAAUUCAUUAAAAAUCCUACAAUGUGAUUUUCUGGAUUUUUUUUUCUUCUCAUUUUGUCUGUCAUAGUUGACGUGUACCUAUGAUGAAAAUUACAGGCCUCUCAUCUUUUUAAGUGGGAGAACUUGCACAAUUGGUGGCUGACUAAAUACUUUUUUUCCCCUACUGUAAGUGCUCGGGAAAUAAGAGCGUCUUGUCUGCUAAAUUAACAAAAAAGGCUAUGCCAUUGCACAGCCAUAGGCUUCUACAAGCCAGCGCCACACUGCUGAGGUUACUACCUUUUUUGAAGAUUGUGUUCCACUAUAUAAUAUAAUAUAAUAUAAUACACCCGUCAGCAACGGGUCUGGCUGAAAUAACCAAAUCCACUAAUUUGAAGGGGUGUCCACAUAUUUUGUGUAUAUACAGUGCCUUCGGAAAGUAUUCAGACCCUUGACUUUUUCCACAUUUUGUUACGUUACAGCCUUAUUCUAAAAUGGAUUUUAAAAAAUUACAAAAUCCUCAUCAAUCUACACACAAUACCCCAUAAUGACAAAGCAGAAAUACCUUAUUUACAUAAGUAUUCAGACCCUUUGCUAUGAGACUCGAAAUUGAGCUCUGGUGCAUCCUGUUUCCAUUGAUCAACCUUGAGAUGUUUCUACAACUUUAUUGGAGUCCACCUGUGGUAAAUUCAAUUGAUUAGACAUGAUUUGGAAAGGCACACACCUGUCUAAAUAAGGUCCCACAGUUGACAGUGCAUGUCAGAGCAAAAACCAAGCCAUGAGGUCGAAGGAAUUGUCCGUAGAGCUCCGAGGCAGUAUUGUGUUGGGGCAAAGAUCUGGGAAAGGGUACCAAAAAAACAACCAUCUCUGCAGCACUCCACCAAUCAGGCCUUUAUGGUAGAGUGGCCAGACUAGAAGCCACUCUUCUGUAAAAGGCACAUGACAGCCCACUUGGAGUUUGCCAAAAAGCACCUAAAGACUCUCAGACCAUGAGAGACAAGAUUCUCUGGUCUGAUGAAACCAAGAUUGAACUCUUUGGCCUGAAUGCCAAGCGUCAUGUCUGGAGGAAACCUGGCACCAUCCCUACGGUGAAGCAUGGUGGUGGCAGAAUCAUGCUGUGGGGAUGUUUUUCAGCGGCAGGGACUGGGAGACUAGUCAGGAUCGAGGCAAAGAUGAACGGAGCAAAGUACAGAGAGAUUCUUGGUGAAAACCUGCUCCAGAGCUCUCAGGACCUCAGACUGGGGCAAAGGUUCACCUUUCAAACAGGACAACGACCCUAAGCACACAGCCAAGACAACACAGGAGUGGCUUUGGGACAAGUCUCUGAAUGUUGUUGAGUGGCCCAGCCAGAGCCCGGACUUAAACCUGAUCAAACAUCUCAAGAGAGACCUGAAAAUAGCUGUGCAGCGACGCUCCCCAUCCAACCUGACAGAGCUUGAGAGGAUCUGCAGAGAUGAAUGGGAGAAGCUUCCCAAAUACAGGUGUGCCAAGCUUGUAGCAUCAUACCCAAGAAGACUCAAUGCUGUAAUUGCUGCCAAAGGUGCUUCAACAAAGUACUGAGAAUACUUAUGUAAAUGUAAUAUUUCUGUUUGUUUUUUUGAAUAAAUAAGCAAACAUUUCUAAAAACCUGUUUUUCCUUUGUCAUUAUGGGGUAUUGUGUGUAGAUUGAUGAGGGGGAAAAACAAUUUAAUACAUUUUAGAAUAAGGCUGUAACAUAACAAUGUGGAAAAAGUCAAGGGUUCUGAAUACUUUCCGAGGCAAUUUAGCAAUUAGGGUUUGUUAUCUGUAGUGGUUAUGAUAAAUUAGGCAUUGUUGCUCACUGUUGGCAUAUAGAUGAAUGUGAACAAAGAAAAUCCAGUGCCGGCCUAUUUUUUUUUUUUAUAGCUUUUUUUUUCUUCAUUCCAGUAAUCGAGUACUGGAAAGAAUCUUAUGACAACUCAAAGGUCAAAUGCCCAUCCCUAUUUAGAGCAGUGGUCACCAACCGGUCGAUCGCAUUCCUAGUCGAUCACCAAACAUUUCUGUAGAAAAGCCAACGGUAAAGCCUUGUCACAGAGUUUCUAAACCUAGAGGCACAACAUCACGAGACUUCUGGGAAAGCUUGCAAAACAGACCAAGCAGACCAGGCUGGGGUUUGAGAAGCCAAAUGAGAGAAGUGAAAAAAUCUUCCUUGGUUGUUAAUUUUCUCAAUCUAAAGGCACCGCCUAGAUUCGAGCCAAAGUCUUAAGUAGUUGGACGUUAUUACUCCAACCUUGUGAAAGUGACAAACUGACACGUUCAAAUUUUAAUCAAAAACGACUUGAUAUCGAAGGAGUGCCUUUUGAUUUGACAUCCUACGCAGUUCGGCGGGAGACGACCGUUAGACCCGAUGACGUGUUUCUGCGCUUAGCUAUCCAACGUCGCCAUGACAUCGCCUACAAGUGUGAUUGAGGAUUUCUAUUGGAGAAGUAGUUUCUGCCUAUCUUCUUAGUGUACUGUUUUUCUUUAUUCAUCUUGCGCUGUUGGCGGUAGGUGCAUUUGAUUCAGAAGCACUUCGCGCCAGGUAGGCACAGUGUUUCCAUUUUGAACCAUUUAAUUUGUCUGAAAGGACAAACUCUGCCUACCCAGCGGACCACGAGAGCUGUGGCUAAAUCAAGUGCACCUACUGCGCUGGCUAGACUUUUAAAACCAUGACCAGAGAGAGACUCAAAGAAUACAGCAAAGAGCUGCUGUUUUUAUGAGUGAGUUCAUGUUUAUCGAUAGGCCUGCGUUUUUGGUAUUAGCAGCUCGUAGUGUUUAUUUUAAUACCAAGGAAUAUUUCACUUUCUCUGGUCAUAGGAACAACAUGAAUUUGUGCAUGAGGCAGAAAUAAUGCAGUGCGACUCGAGUUUCGCCAUCAGCUGGAAGACUGUCCCCUCUCUCUGGUUAGUCUCGCUGGAGGAAAGGAGCAGUGACUGUGAGAGGAGAGGCAGACCCUCUACUGCUCUCUUCCUCCCUGAGACUGACCAUCAGAUGCAGCUACAAUCAGUUCAGUAAAAUAAAAAUUAAUUAUUAGCAAGUUAUUUCAAUUUAUGCUCAGCGGUGCCUCGCGAGUGAUACAACAACUGAUCUAUUUUGUUAUCAAAGCUUGAGUUUUGAAAUAUAAUAUGGUCUGAGGAGAACAAUAUUGGCAGGCCAAGCAUAGCCAAUAUGCUGUGAUAAUGUAUUAGGCCUACUGCACAAACCUCAUUCCUACGGAAAUGUUUUUAUUAUGUUAAUGGUGCAUAGGCUUACAUUUUAAGUCAUGUUUUAAAAAUAAUUUGAGCUGCAGAUCUCUGCUUGCUUUUUGACUGCGAAAGUGAUCUUGACUCAAAAGGUUGGUGACUGCCUUAGAGGAAGGAUGUUUCAUACAUAUUUGUCGUUUCGGUCUAAAAGGAUUGUUGAGAUAUUUAAGACCAUACCAUGUACUGGGUGACUGUACCCAGUAUGUGAUAUAGGAGUAGAUGAUACAGUGAAUAAAUUGCUACCGUACAUUUCCAUGUAGAGUCGUCUCAUGAAGACCACAACUUAUAUUUACUCAUUCUUAACCACAAUCGUUCUUCUUAUCACUGACAGUGACACACACACUAGACUUCAGAACCACAGGAAAUAUCAAACGCUACACUCCAACCUCUCCUGGUAGUUACUUAGCCACUUAGUUUUCGGUAUAGACAUAAAACCAACAGACCCAAAUGUGCGCCCCAAAUGGCACCCUACUCCCUAUAUAGUGCACUAAUUUUGACCAUAGCCCUGGUCAAAAGUAGAGCCCUAUAUAGGAAAUAGGAUGCCAUUUGGGAUGCAACCAUGCUUAUUUCCCCCUCUGUCAGCCACUCUGACACUUUUAACCAGGUUACAGUCUUUGUUUUUAGCUGUUGAUUAUUAGCUGUCUCAUUAAAAAGUCUAAAAGGUAUUUCUUCCUCUGCAGGAUGAACACAAUGUCAGCUCUCUUCAAGUUGUCAAUGUUCAUUAGGGUGAGUCCUGCUGUUGCCUUCUCCCUGCGUGCUGUUAGACCCCAUUCAUACCACACCAACAUUAUGGCUGCAUCCCAAAUGGCGCUCUCUUCUCUAUGUAGUGCACUACUUUUGAACAAGGCCUUUAGGGUUGACUUAUUCCACAUUUUGAUGUGUUUCAGCCUGAAUUCAAAAUGGAUUCUCAGCCAUCUACACACAAUAUCCUAUAAUGACAAAGUGAAAACAUGUUUUUAGAAAUUUUAGCAAAUUUAUUGAAAAUGAAAUCUAGAAAUAUCUCAUUUACAUGUUAGAAUCACCCUUGGCAGUGAUUACAGCUGUGAGUCUUUCUGGGUAAGUUUGCACACCUGGAUUGUACAAUAUUUGCCCAUUAUUCUUAAAAUAAUUAUUCAAGCUCUGUCAAAUUGGUUGUUGAUCAUUGCUAGACAACCAUUUUCAAGUCUUGCCAUAGAUUUUCAAGCAGAUUUAAUUCAAAACUGUAACUCCGCCACUCAGGAACAUUCACAGUCUUCUUGGUAAGCAACUCCAGUGUAGAUUUGGCCUUGUGUUUUAGGUUAUUCACCUGCUGAAAGGCGAGUUCAUCUCCUAGUGUCUGGUGGAAAGCAGACUGAACCAGGAUUUCCUCUAGGAUUUUGCCUGUGCUUAGCUCCAUUAGGUUUCUUUUUUAUCCUGAAAAACUCUACAGUCCUUAACGAUUACAAGCAUACCCAUAACAUGAUGCAGCCACCACUAUGCUUGAAAAUAUGGAGAGUGGUACUCAGUAAUGUGUUGUAUUGGAUUUGCCCCAAACAUAACAUCUAGUAUUCAUGGCAAAAAGUAAAUUGCUUUGCCACAUUUUUUUGCAGUAUUACUUUAGUGCCUUGUUGCAAAAAGGAUGCAUGUUUUGGAAUAUUUGUAUUAUGUACAUGCUUCAUUAUUUUCACUCUGUCAAUUAGGUUAGUAUUGUGGAGUAACUACAAUGUUGUUGAUCCAUCCUCAGUUUUCUCCUAUUACAGCCAUUAAACUCUGUAACUGUUUUAAAGUCACCAUUGGCCCCAUGGUGAAAUCCCUGAGCGGUUUCCUUCCUCUCUGGCAACUGAGUUAGGAAGGACGCCUGUAUCUUUGUAGUGAAUAGGUGUAUUGAUACUCCAUCUAAAGUGUAAUUAAUAACUUCACCAUGCUCAAAGAAAUAUUGAAUGUCUGCUCUUUUUUUAUUUUUUUUAUUUUUUUAUUCUACCAAUAGGUGCCCUUCUUUGCGUGGCAUUGGAAAACCUCCCUGGUCUUUGUGGUUGAAUCUGUUUGAAAUUCACUGCUCAACUGAGGGACCUUACAGAUAAUUAUUUGUAUAUGUGUCGUACAGAGAUGAGGUAGUCAUUCAAAAAUCACGUUAAACACUAUUAUUGCACACAGAGUGAUUCCAUGCAACUUAUUAUGUGACUUGUUAAGCACAUUUUUACUCCUGAACUUUUAGGCUUGCCAUAACAAAGGGGUUGAAUACUUAUUGACUCAAGAUAUUUCAGCUUUUCAUUUUUAAUUAAUUUGUAAAGAUUUCUCAAAUUAAUUCCACUUUGACAUUAUGGGGUAUUGUGUAGGCCAGUGACAAAAUCUAAAUUUAAUCAAUUUUAAAUUCUGGCUGUAACACAACAAAAUGUGGAAAAAGUCAAGGGGUGUGAAUACUUUCUGAAGGCACUGUAUAGGGAAUAGGCUGCUAUUUGGGACACAUUUUCACGUGAUUCGUUGACAUGAACAAUUGAAGAGAAUGUUCCUCUUACACAUGGUCAGGGUGGUUUACUUACCAUUUGACUUGCAUUUUACAUUUGACUUACUUUAACUUACCUUUUAUUGCAUUCCUGCCUGAAACUGACAAUUGACGUUCUGUUGUCCUCUCCCCUCCAGCGUUGCCAUAACUACCUGACAGAGCAGUUGGGCAUUCCAGUGUGGGGCUCAUAUGUCAUCUUUGGACUGGCCACUCUCUUCUCUGGCCUAGCCCUGGGACUGGUACGUUAAAAUCAUACUCCUUAAUAUGUGAUCCCUAUGUGAUCUGUCCUGUCUCGUCUGGUCUUUGUUUGAUUGAUUUUAAUUGCACUAGGAUUUGAUUUUACUUGCACUUUGAUUUGAAUGUACUUAUAAUGUAAGGUGUCCUGAAAGGCAUCUGUCAAAUAAAGUAUUGUUAUUAUUUAGUAGUAUGUGCAUAACCUCAUAUAGUGGGCCACCAACAAAAAUGUAAACAAUGGAGCAAAUGCAUCUCAUUAUAUUUUGUAGGAAAAGUGUAUGACUUUGGAGGUUAUUGGUGGCAAUGAGAGCAAUAUAUAUCAACAUCUUACAGUAACAUCAACUCUGCUCUCCUCAAUAACCUAACCAGCAUCCCUUGUGCCUUCUCUUCCCAGAUACUGGUGUUCAUAGCCGAUUUUGUCUUCCCAUCACGACGAUUUAACUCACCAAACUACUACCAGAGUGAGUAUGAGAUGACAGAGAAUCCAUGUUCAUGCAAAUGUAACUUUGUGAAAUAUUACAUUUACAUUUACAUUUUAGUCAUUUAGCAGACGCUCUUAUCCAGAGCGACUUACAGGAGCAAUUAGGGUUAAGUGCCUUGCUUAAGGGCACAUCGACAGAUUUUUCACCUAGUCGGCUCGGGGAUUAGAACCAGCGACCUUUCGGUUACUGGCACAACGCUCUUACCCACUAAGCUACCUGCCGCCCUGUUAUGUGCUGACAUUAAGCAAGAACUCCUAGAGAAUGUAUAGAGGAAUAUAGGUAAUAAUUCAUCAUAAAUGUUUCUUUACAGAGAACAGACAUUCGUCUUUUUUGUAUUCUUCCUAAGUUGUGUCCCAGUGACUUAGUCAUUACAUACAGUUAUGUUUUAGUUUAGGAGCAAUGGCAUGGAGGGUGCGAUAUGUAAUGUAACAUAUUUGUUAUUGUCAUGUACUGUUAUUCAUAUUGUCUUUGUUAUUGUCCUGUUCCAGAGAAACAGACGAUGGAACAAGCCAGGCUUAUUCAGCAGCUAGAGGAAGAGCAGGAGGCGGAUGGAGAGGAAGAUGAUGAUGAGGACGAUGAAGAUGGAGAACAGGAGGAUGUCUGGAGGAGGAGAGCAUCUCCAGAGGGCCAUCCCGAGGCCAGAGGGCCGGGUUACCCAGAGGAGGCCCUGCGAAAGAGGGUGGUUGGCAACCGUGAGGAUGAGGAGGAGGACUCCUAGAGGCCUGGAGGGGAACUGCAGAUGCCACUUAACGCACAUGGGAGACGGGGAAGGGGCCUGAGCUCAUAUUUAUAAAGCGCCUCAGAAUAGGAAUAUUGAUCUAGGAUCAGUUUUGCAUUUUAGAUCAUAAUAAAUAAGAUUACAUGAGCAGGGGUAACUGAUCCUAGAUCACCACUCCUACUCUUAGGUGCUUUAUGAAUAUUAGACCUGGCAGCAGUAGAGUUUACAGCAGACAGCUUACAGAGAGCCUUAGCGACGCCCCGGCGACUUCUUGCUUCCUGUAUCUGCUUCAACGGGAGUGCUCCGGAUUCUGAUGACCGCUCUGCUUUCACCACCAGCAUUUUCUCCUGGACUGGAGGUGCUACUGUACACUCCCAACAGCAGGGUUGUGUUCAUUAGGUAUCUUUUGAAGAAAACAGAGUGGAACAGGGAGGGUUUAUCCAAAUUUGUCCAAUACAAAAUGCUCAUUUUCAUUUUCCAUUGCAAAAUGUUUU